AUGAACGCUUUGGCUUUUUACAGUCCGACGCCUGGAAUGAGUCUGAUGAUGGAUUUCCUUUAUUUCCUGUGGAUGCUGCCGUCGGUGUGGGCUGUCGAAGAAGCACUAAUGGACUCAACGACUGCCACAGCAGAGCUGGGCUGGACCAUCUACCCGUCACAGGGGUGGGAGGAAGUCAGCGGCUAUGAUGAAAACAUGAACACCAUUCGAACAUACCAGGUGUGCAAUGUCUUCGAUAGCAGCCAGAACAACUGGGUACGUACCAAGUACAUCCGCCGCCGCGGUGCUCAGCGCAUCCAUGUCCAGAUGAAGUUCUCGGUGCGCGACUGCAGUUCCAUACCCAACGUUCCUGGCUCCUGCAAGGAGACCUUCAAUCUGUAUUACUAUGAGUCGGACUCGGACAUGGCCACUAAAUCGUCCCCGCCCUGGAUGGAGAACCCCUGGGUGAAGGUGGACACCAUAGCAGCUGAUGAGAGUUUCUCUCAGGUGGAUCUCGGCGGCCGCAUCAUGAAGAUCAACAGUGAAGUUCGAAGCUUUGGACCUGUUUCGCGCAACGGGUUCUACCUCGCUUUCCAGGAUUACGGAGCCUGCAUGUCGCUUAUUGCUGUCCGAGUAUUCUACAGAAAAUGUCCCCAGAUAAUUCAGAACGGCGCUGUCUUUGCUGAGACUCUGUCGGGAGCAGAGAGCACCUCUUUGGUCGCAGCCAGAGGAGUGUGUGUUCCCAAUGGGGAGGAGGUGGAUGUCCCCAUCAAGCUGUACUGCAAUGGGGACGGAGAGUGGAUGGUGCCCAUCGGCCGCUGCAUGUGCAAAGCCGGGUACGAGGCAGUGGAGAAUGGAACCGCCUGCAGAGCUUGCAUCUCAGGCUCCUUCAAGACCUCACAGGGAGACCACAAAUGUCUGCAGUGCCCCAUUAACAGCCGAACCACCAGCGAGGGAGCAACGAACUGCGUCUGUCGCAACAGCUACUACCGCACCGACUCCGACCCUCCACAGAUGCCGUGCACCACUGUUCCGUCAGCACCACAAAACGUUAUCUCCAUAGUGAAUGAAACAUCUCUGAGGCUGGAGUGGAGCCCACCACAGGAGGGUGGAGGCCGAGAAGAUGUUGUCUACAACAUCAUCUGUAAAAGCUGCGGCAGUGGACGAGGUGGCUGCACCCGCUGUGGAGACAACGUACAGUUUGUCCCGCGUCAGCUGGGCCUGACCGACACCCGCGUCCACAUCAGCGACCUCCUGGCCCACACCCAGUACACCUUUGAAAUACAAGCUGUCAACGGAGUGUCGGACCAGAGUCCUUAUUCGCCGCAGUACACAUCUGUCAACAUCACCACCAACCAGGCUGCACCAUCAGCAGUGUCCAUCAUCCACCAGGUCAGCAGAGCUCCCAACAGCAUCACUCUGUCCUGGUCCCAGCCGGAUCAGCCCAAUGGUGUCAUCCUCGACUAUGAACUGCAGUACUACGAGAAGAACCAGGCGGAGUGGAACUCGUCUCUAACAAGGAGUCAGACCAACACUGCAGUCGUACGAGGCUUGAGGCCCGGAACUAUCUACGUCUUCCAGGUUCGGGCUCGGACUGUCGCUGGAUUUGGACGCUUUAGUGGCAAGAUGUACUUCCAAACCAUGACUGACGAAGAAUAUAACUCCAGUAUCCAGGAAAAGCUGCCCCUCAUCAUCGGAUCAUCUGCUGCAGGGCUCGUCUUCAUCAUCGCCAUCACUGUGGUCAUAAUUGUUUGUCGCAGCAGGAGAAGUUCAGACCGAACAGAGUCCGAGUACACAGACAAGCUGCAGCAUUACACCAGCGGUCACAUGUCACCAGGAAUGAAGAUCUACAUCGACCCCUUCACGUACGAAGACCCCAACGAAGCGGUCCGAGAGUUUGCAAAGGAGAUCGACAUCGCCUGUGUCAAGAUUGAACAAGUGAUUGGUGCAGGCGAGUUCGGUGAGGUCUGCAGUGGAAACCUCCGGCAGCCUGGGAAGAGAGAGAUACUGGUGGCCAUUAAAACGUUAAAGGCAGGUUACACUGAGCGCCAGAGGAGGGACUUCCUGAGUGAGGCAUCCAUCAUGGGCCAGUUCGACCACCCCAACAUCAUCCAUCUGGAGGGAGUGGUGACCAAGAGCAGCCCUGUGAUGAUCAUCACUGAGUUCAUGGAGAAUGGCUCCCUCGACUCCUUCCUUAGGCAAAAUGAUGGGCAGUUCACGGUGAUCCAGCUGGUGGGAAUGCUGCGCGGCAUCGCAGCAGGGAUGAAGUACCUGUGCGACAUGAACUACGUCCAUCGAGACCUGGCAGCUAGAAACAUCCUCGUCAACAGCAACCUGGUGUGCAAAGUGUCAGACUUUGGCCUGUCACGCUUCCUUGAAGACGAUACGUCGGAUCCCACCUACACCAGCGCUCUGGGAGGGAAGAUUCCCAUUCGGUGGACAGCUCCAGAAGCCAUUCAGUACAGGAAGUUCACCUCCUCCAGUGACUGCUGGAGCUAUGGCAUUGUCAUGUGGGAGGUGAUGUCAUAUGGAGAGAGGCCCUACUGGGACAUGAGCAAUCAAGAUGUGAUCAAUGCCAUAGAGCAGGACUACCGGUUGCCUCCUCCGAUGGAUUGUCCCAGUGCACUACAUCAGCUGAUGCUUGACUGCUGGCAGAAAGACCGAAACAACCGGCCUAAAUUCAGCCAGAUCGUCAGCACCCUGGAUAAGAUGAUCCGCAACCCCAACAGUCUCAAGGCCAUGACGCCGCUGUCAUCAAGCGUUCACUUACCUCUGCUGGACCGCAGCACUCCAGACUUCUCCUCUUUCAGCACAGUGGAUGAGUGGCUGGAUGCCAUUAAGAUGGGCCAGUACAAGGAGAACUUCACCAACGAAGGCUUCACCAGCUUCGAUGUGGUGUCCCAGAUGUCCAUGGAGGACAUCCUACGGAUAGGCGUGACACUGGCUGGACACCAGAAGAAGAUCCUGAACAGCAUCCAGUCCAUGAGGGCCCAAAUGAACCAGAUCACCUCAGUGGAGGUGUGA